AAAUAUCCUGUCCUUGUUCCCCUUCUGCCAUAUGUUGCCUCCAUCUUGACCGAAUCUCAGGCUGCAAGUCUGCUCGAGCUCUACUUCACCAGCCAAUUCAACACUUUCAUGCAUCCCGUGUGUCGCCAUAUACAUGCUUUUGUUUUCCGAAAAGCUUCAGUGAUGAGUAAGGAGAAUCCUCGAACUUGCAGUCCAGCUUUACUCGCAAGUAUGCUGUGGGCAGCUGCCGAAACAGGAGGUCCGGAAACUUUGUCUUGGUCACACUCAAAGCGCAUCAACAUUUGCAGGAAACUGCGGCUGGUCACAAUUCGCUUGCUUCACCCCUUGGUUCACUCGGAUAUUGGCUGCGUGCAUGAGUUGACCGAUGGACCCACCAGAAAACUCCAAGAAUCGAGUUCGGGCACGCUGGACGAUGUCAUAACGUAUAUUCACAUUGCUGCCAUCACAUCUGCCAGCGAAGAAAAGGCAAUGAGCAUGAGAUGGUGGCAUGCAGCUUUUGCUCUUGCGCGAGAACUUGGUCUGAACAAGGAGCCCAUUUCUGGUUCAUCCAUCCCAGGGGUUUCUCCAACAGCAAAUAACCAGAGCAUGAUCGAAUUUGAAAGCGACCCCUGGCUUGGGUUGAACUCGUUCGACUUUGACAAUGGUCUUGCACAAUAUAUGGAUGCUGCAGAUACCGCACAGCCCGAGGUGGAUCAAGAAACGCUGGAAGAACGAAGGAGAACUUGGUGGUUGCUCUACAUCCAGGAUCGCCAUUUGGCACUCUGCUACAAUCGUCAAAACGCCUUAUUGGAUGCUGAGUGCGAGGAUCUCCUAUUACCACUGGAUGAAGCGUCCUGGCAGUCGGGCACUUUCUCAUCACUUACGCAACGCCCACAAUUUCCUUCUUUUGAAUGUACCGGUCACAACAUUUAUGGCUGGUUCCUGCCAUUGAUGACAAUCGUCGGUACCAUACUCGACUACAACCACCUGAAAAACCAUCACACUCUGGGCAAACUCUACUCAGAUGGCCAACGCGUGCAAUCUCAGGUGUUGCUGCAACUCGACAACUACGAGCAAAGUCUGGUUCGAUUCGAGCAACAAGCAUCAGCAUUAGACUAUCAAGACAUCCAUCACACGAAAACCGUCGUCGCAUACGCAAAACUCGUCAUUCAAGUCUCGCGAGUGUUGCUAGCAGGCAAAUGGGACCCUAUGUCUCUGUUCGACGACAGGGACCUCUUCAUGGCUACCCCUUCAUUCACCACAACCAUCGCAAAUGCCAUUGCAGCUGCGGACAAUGUCUCGCAUAUCCUGGAUGUCGACCCAGAUCUCGGCUUCGUGCCCUACUUCCUAGGCAUCCAGUUGUUGCAAGGUAGUCUACCACUUCUCUUGAUUGUAGAUCGACUGCAAACAGAAACGGACCCGAAGAUAAUCAAUGCUUGUGAAGUCAUCAUCCGCGCGACUGAGGCUUGUGUUUCGACUCUAGAUACAGAGUAUCAGCGUAAUUACCGUCAAAUACUCCGCUCCGCAGUCACACAAGCACGAGGCCGCUAUGUACCACAAAAAGAAACACAAUACAGACGACACACCGUUCUCGCUCUCUACCGCUGGACAAAGAACGGUACUGGUAUUGCGCUA